AUGGAGCAUGAACUGUCUAUGAUUGUAUCAACGGCGGAAUGGUUUCAGAUUCAUGGCAUAAGCCCCCUGUGCAACAUUGCCGGCUUCGACCCAUCACGUUUGUUUCCCGACUUCAUGCACAUCAUGCACCUGGCAUGUGCAGUUGAUAGUUUGACCUCAGUCCUCCUAGACCUGGUGGAAGAGGACAACCUGGUGGCCGGAUCAACCAGGGACCAGUGGCGAUCUGGAUUGGUUGGUGGGCUGACGACAAUGGAAACUGUGAUUCUUCAUGGGUCCCGACUGUUGACACCAGAGGCUCAUAAGGAGUUUGUGGUUGGCUACUGCACUUUUCGUGCAUGCUUGAACAGCUUGGCGGACAGGGCGAUCUCCAGGGGAGAGGAGAUCGAGCGCCUCUCGCUCACGGUCCUCAAACUACAUCGUCGGUGUGGACAUUCUGGAAACAGAGCACUGGUGAAGAUCCUUGCUGCUCGCAACGCCGAGGAGAAAAUCUGGAACACGCUACAGAUGGACACCUUCUACUUCAAGCACGAUUCCAAUGUCUACCACUACCUGGUCAUGCUCGACGAGGCGAGUGGGUUCUCCAUCACUGCCGAGAUCUUGGUCCAUGUGGAGGAGAUUCAUGCCAACGUGGACACCCAGAGCGUGAUUGAAGCUCUGGAAGGAUCAUGGUUCCAAUACUUUGCACAUCCUCAACGCAUUCGAUGCGACCUUGAGGGUGCCUUCAGAGGACGAGAGUUGGAGGCCUACUGCGCAGAGCGUGGCAUUGAACUACUUCAAGUACCAGCAGAACAUCAUCAGGCCACGGGAGAUGUGGAGCGCAUGGUUGGAGAACUACGUCACAAGAUUGAGUUGUUCCUGAGAAGCGAGGAUGUGCCUCCCCGAAGAGCCGUCUACGCCAUGACCACUGCUCACAACCACAUGGCAAGGAUAGCUUUCGGAAGGCAGAUGGACAACUUGGACAACAUUGCAGAGCACUCUUCUGAAGGAGUCAGUGGACAUGCAAUGGCCGAGAAUCUCCAACUACGACUACGUGCCGAGAAGCGCUACUUGGAGCUCCAGGCCAACGCCAAGAUUAUGGCCGAAUUUACACUUUACACUGUGUAUGGCCCCCGAGAAGGUGAUGGCAAGAUCCUUCACAAAGAUUAUGGCCGAAUUUUGGUUUGA